CCAGCAGAGGGAAACAUAUGUUGGCUUCAGUGACCCACUCGUUCCUUGAGGACAACACCUAUUUCUACCUAAGAGCAACCCCGGAGGGCUAUGGACUUUAAACAAUGUUCUGAACAGGCUCAUCUCAGGGGACAAAGCAGGUGGUGAUCAGAGAUUGCAGAGACCUCAGAAGAAUUUUAUGGCAUUCCAGGCAGGACACGGACCAGCCUGGGGAAAAGAAGAAAUAAGAGCUGGAGAUACAGGGAAUACUAUUAGAAGUUAUUUCUGAAGAGAAACAAUGGGCCUGAGCAGCAGCCUGCCAAACCAUAAUCAACAGGAGCCCUGCAAGCCUCAGGAGCAAUGGCGACAUCUUUCCAGUGAAACCUGCCGGGUUGAAAGGAUUGUUGACAAAAGGAAAAAUAAAAAAGGGAAGACAGAAUAUCUGGUUCGGUGGAAAGGCUAUGACAGUGAGGAUGACACCUGGGAACCAGAGCAGCACCUUGUGAACUGUGAGGAGUACAUCCACGAUUUUAACAGACGCCACACUGAAAAGCAGAAAGAAAGCACACUACCCAGAACAAACAGGACCUCUCCAAACAAUGCCAGGAAACAGAUCUCCAGAUCCACCAACAGCAAUUUUUCCAAGACCUCUCCUAAGUCACUAGUGAUUGGCAAAGACCACGAGUCCAAAAACAGUCAGCUGUUUGCUGCCAGCCAGAAGUUCAGGAGAAACACAGCUCCAUCUCUCUCAAACCGGAAGAAUAUGGACCUGGCAAAAUCAGGUAUAAAGAUACUUGUGCCUAAGAGCCCCAUUAAGAGCAGGACCGCAGUGGACGGCUUUCAGAAUGAGAGCCCUGAGAAACUGGACCCCGUCGAACAGGGUCAGGAGGACACAGUAGCACCAGAAGUGGCCGCCGAAAAGCCAGUCGGAGCUUUACUGGGCCCUGGUGCAGAGCGAGCUAGAAUGGGGAGCAGGCCACGAAUACAUCCAUUAGUGCCUCAGGUGUCUGGCCCUGUGACUGCGGCCAUGGCCACGGGAUUAGCUGUUAACGGAAAAGGUACAUCUCCGUUUAUGGACGCGCUAACAGCCAAUGGAACAACCAACAUACAGACAUCUGUUACAGGAGUGACAGCCGGGAAAAGGAAAUUUAUUGAUGACAGAAGAGACCAGCCUUUUGACAAGCGGUUGCGUUUCAGUGUGAGGCAAACAGAAAGUGCCUACAGAUACAGAGAUAUUGUCGUCAGGAAGCAGGAUGGCUUCACCCACAUCUUGUUGUCAACAAAAUCAUCAGAGAAUAACUCACUAAACCCAGAGGUAAUGAAAGAAGUCCAGAGUGCCCUGAGCACAGCUGCUGCCGACGAUAGCAAGCUUGUGCUGCUCAGCGCGGUGGGCAGCGUCUUCUGCUGCGGUCUCGACUUUAUUUAUUUUAUACGACGUUUAACAGAUGACAGAAAAAGAGAAAGCACUAAAAUGGCGGAAGCUAUCAGAAACUUCGUGAAUACUUUCAUUCAGUUUAAGAAGCCUAUUAUUGUAGCAGUAAAUGGCCCAGCCAUUGGACUAGGAGCCUCCAUAUUGCCUCUUUGUGAUGUGGUUUGGGCCAAUGAAAAGGCUUGGUUUCAAACACCCUAUACUACCUUCGGACAGAGUCCAGAUGGCUGUUCCACCGUUAUGUUUCCCAAGAUUAUGGGAGGAGCAUCUGCAAAUGAAAUGUUGCUCAGUGGACGGAAGCUGACGGCGCAGGAGGCUUGCGGCAAAGGCCUGGUCUCCCAGGUGUUUUGGCCCGGGACCUUCACCCAAGAAGUUAUGGUUCGCAUCAAGGAGCUUGCCUCCUGUAAUCCAGUUGUGCUGGAAGAGUCCAAAGCCCUUGUGCGCUGUAACAUGAAGGUGGAGCUAGAGCAGGCCAACGAGAGGGAGUGUGAAGUGCUGAAGAAAAUCUGGGGCUCGGCUCAGGGGAUGGACUCCAUGCUGAAGUACCUGCAGAGGAAGAUUGAUGAGUUCUGACGGCCAGGUGCCUGCUGGUGACACUGGAAUUCUAGAGCAGCACACCUGUGGCACCACGUUGCCCUCCUCCUCCCUCACAGCCUGAAACAAGUUCACUCUUAGCUCACGCUUGGAAGCAGGACUUACAACAUCCAAGCUAUUUAUUAUCAAGGAGUUUUUAAGUACUGUAACUUUAAAAUAAAUAACUACAAAGCUCCUUUGUCCAAACGUCAUUAUUUUAUACUUAAUAUACACACAAGUAUAAAAGUAUAAUGGUGAGCUCUAGACUGCUCUUUGAAGCUCUAAUUUUUGUUAUCUUUAGCUAGUACUGUAUAAAAAAGAAACGAACCGUGUUUUGCUGGUUUCAGGUGGCAGAAAAGUCUGGAAUAAUGUUUGUUUCCCUUAUUUUUUCUUUCUAGAACACAGAAUCUAAAGGGUAUUAGCCAGCCUCCUCUCUCCUGUCCCAAAUAGAGAUACAGAAAGAUCUGAGGUGUGCCUUUGUCUCCAAAAAGGUACAUGUAUCUCAGAGGUGGAAUGUCCUGAAUCAAAAGUAAAACUUACCUUGUAGGAUAAGUAUUUCUGAUGAAAAACCCACUGAUGAACAUACCGCCAAACUGAAGUACACUUAAGAUUCAUGCUGGAAAAUCCAAUGAUUCUUCCUUUUUAAUAUAUCCAGUUCUUACCCAGUUAACAUGAGGAAACCACUGUCUCUCCAGAAGAAAGCUUGUUUUGCAGUAUUAGUGAAUCACUGAAUAGCUUAAGUAUGAGUAUCUAAGUUAUAAGUUAGUCUUAGUGGAUUUUAAAGAGUUUUUCUGACCCUUUUGAAAAAUAACUACAUAAGUGCUUCUUGUUGCUGGGUGAGAAAUACUACUUUAUAUGCAGUUUUGGUUUUCUAUUUGCAGAUAUGAUUGAUGUAUUACACCAAAAAAAAAGUAUUUUUAUGUUUAUAAAGUGUAAUUUUUAGGUUCACUUAGAAUAUAUUUUAUUUAAUAAGUUAAAAUUCUUUUGGCACACUCUUAAAUGCAGGAACUCCUUUAAAAAAAAAAAAAAAAAAAAAGAACUACCUUAUAUUCAACGUUUAAUGUCCCAGGUCUCUGCUUUCAUAUCUACACAAUAUGCGGAGUAGAGUGUGGCGUCCAAGAGUGCCCUGUGUAAAUAGACAUUCACAUUCCUUUCAGGAGUGGGGACUGAUUCCUGAUUACAGAUGCCUAUUAUUAGUUAGGCUUCUGAGCUUGCAAUCAUAUUGAAUGUAUGAAGAAUGAAAUAAAAUCAAAACCUUAUUUUUGUACAGUUUGGAAGUUUAUACUUAGAACCGACCACCUCCCGGCCAUGUGGAGAGCUGUACAGCAUGUAAAUCUGCCUUUACCUUGGAUUGGUUGGUGCAGUAUUUUUGCAUCUGUGGGACCUACUUUUUCGUUCAGUAGUUUGAACUAUAUAUAAUAAACUGUACAAUCUGUAAAGUUUUUAUAGAAUAAAUAUUCAGCUGUGAAAACUGGUUAAAUAAAACUAAUAUUUCUUAACACA